AUUUACGGUUGGCUUGAUUGCUUAGAAAGCCCCAUGCAACAGUAGUGUAAGUAGCUGAGCCUGACCAAGUUCCUUGAUGGCUAAACAAGGUCUACGCAGAGUUGUGGUAGGGGUGUACCUAACUACUCAACUUUAAAGACCCAUAUCAAAUCGAUUUCCGUGACUUUGUUGUACCAAAAAAUUCGGAUAUACCCCGUCGUUCAUUUUAAUUAUCAAAAUAAAAGGUGAUGGAAGAUAAUGAGAUACGCCUGCCUUGCCGAAUAAGACCAGCUGCUAGAUAAUCCUAUAAUGGGACACAUCUGGUUGAAUCGAACCGGCUUGCUCAAUUCUCUCCAUAUUCUUUAUUAUCAAAAAUGAAUAGCUCGAAACCAUUGUCAUAUCCAAGCAUUGGGAGCAUUCUUCAGCACCUGAAGCCUGAUAAAAAAUUCCAACUCUCCCAGCAGUGCCGGACAAUCACUUCUAUUGACAAAUCAAGACCUUUAUAUUUGAAAUCUUUAAAGUUAAAUGAGAACAGCAUCAAAUUGAAUGGCACCACCUAUGAAUUGAAUGUGAUCGAGAAUUCGCUUAAGCCACGAGCAUUUCCAUAUGAUGUGAAUAGCCAAGGAUCUAUAGAUUUGGAAAUGGUAGUGCCAGACCAGGAACAAGAACAGGAGAUCUUGGUCGAUGACAGAACCGACAAUCCAACAUCAUACAAUGAGCAAAGGAUUUCUCGAGCUGAUUUGAAAAAUGCUCCCAGCUCCAGUUAUACUCAUUACAUCCGGUUUUCCGUUGGAAAUCACUCUGAGCAAUUACAAUACAAUGAGCGGAAGCUUCACGAUGCUAUGAAAUACCUAAUUGAUAAGCUUCUGGGAGGAAGGCCUACUAUCAAAGCCCGACAAUUUUGCGUGGAAAACUCUGGAAUACUCCGAAUCCCGAGACACCUCAAAAUUCGUGCUAAAGUUGUACAGUUAAAUGGCUUAAUCCGGGAAAAGCUAUUAAAUGCCACACAACAUCUACUGGAUAUCAAAAGCCUACCACUAUCAGGUGUCAUCAUUUCUGAUCCCCUUAUGAAUGCUCCGAAUCUUGAUAUUGAUUUUAUUCAAACCGCUGAGAUGCUACUUUUAUACUGCGAAGUGAUUUCCGGGGAGGGAUUGCUCAAAGUUCGGCACAAAAGAGUUUACAUUAAUGCGUACUUGUAUGAUGCUACUUUUCGGCUUUUCGAGGAUUGGAUGGAGCACGGGCGGGAAGUUGGUACGCAUUUCUCAUUUGCAAUGAGGAAUGAGGGAAACAUAAUUGAUGUUCUGGAUAAAAUUCGAAUAAAUUAUAAUGUGGAAGAAGGAACUGCUGAGAAUCAACUGACCAUUCAUAUAAACAACUUCACGGAUAUUGUCGUCAGUCAUAAAGUGGAUACAUGGAUUUUGGAGUAUAAAGUUCAGCAACGAGAAGUUAUGUAAAUUUACAUCUGAAUUCAAAUCCCAACUGUUUACAGAAGCAAAUAUAACUGUUCACAAUUUAUCCUGAUACUGAUUUAUUUACUUCUGAUAUUGAGCAAAUUUCAAUAAAGUUUUAUUAAAAUCU